CUCGUCCGCGGGGGGAGGGGAGGCGACCGGGGGCGACGCGGCGACAUGUCGCCCCACGGCAGUGGCCGACCGCGGGCCGAGCAGACCGCACCGCUCGCGCUGUGUUCACGCCGCAGACGCUGCACCACCGUGCGACGCAGCUUCCGCCCGGCGCGGGACCAGUAUGAAAGUGCGCUGACCGAUGCGGGAUUCCCAGCACUACGUCAUCAUGGGAACAGAUGAAGGCUGCGGUGACGUCAUGACGGCGGAGGAAAAGGCGGCGGAAAUGAGGGAAGAGCUGGGAGACUGCACGCUGCCCCAGUCGACCGUCCAGUCGGAGAAAACCUCCACCACGGGACUGCGAUGCGCUGCCCCCGCCUGCUUCUGCCCUUCCUUCAGCCCCGGCCAGGAGGUGAUGCGGUCCUGCGACUCCUGCGGCCACGGCUGGCUGUCCCACGCGCUGCCUCAGCUGCCGCACCAGAGCGACGUGGAACACGCGGCCUCCCUGGUGCUGUACGGCUGCCAGGCUCUGCCCAUUCGGCUCAAGAUCCUGCUGGACAGGCUCUUCUCCAGCGUCGGCCGUCGCCAGCUGGCCCAGCUGCUGCUCCAGUUCGGCUGGACUCUAGACGACUACGCUCGCGGCUACAUCGUCCGGGACGCGUGCGGCGAGCGGCUGGACUCGUGGCAGAUGUGCUCGGCGGAGGAGGAGUCGGCGCUGGUGCGCGCGUGCGUGCGCUUCGCGGACACGCACUCGCUGGCGCUGCAGCUGCUGGCGGCGUGCGACGGGCCGCCGCCCCACGCGGGGGUGGGCGGCGCCGCCCACCACACGGCGCACGCGCUGCCGCCCUCGCCCGCCAGGACGUCGCCGCCCGCCUCCCCGCCCCACGCCGCCCCCGGCAAGGUGCGGCUGCCGCCGCUGGAAGUCCUGCAGGACGCCGCCCCUUCGCCGCUGCCGGCCGCUUCUCCCUCGCCGUCGACGUCCGCGUCGCUGUGGCCGGGCGCCCGCGGCAGCUCCACCCCCGCCGUCCUGGCGUCGCCCGGCGCCAGCAUUUCCGACGGCGGAUCCUCGGAAGAGUAUAACGGCGCUUACGAGACGGCGCUCGACCUGAGCCGGGAUGGUUGCUCACCGAGGCCAAAAUCGGGCUCCGGGAAAACGGGCAAGGCGUCCGGCUGGAACUCCAGGAGCGGAGGCGUGAGUGCGGCGGACCUGCCGUCUGGCGGUUCCCAGGGGAAGCCUGCGCUGGGCAAGAAGCGAGUCCAGUGCAACGUCUGCCUCAAGACCUUCUGUGACAAGGGCGCGCUCAAGAUACACUUCUCGGCCGUCCACCUCCGUGAGAUGCACAAGUGCACGGUGGAGGGCUGCAACAUGAUGUUCAGCUCGCGGCGGUCGCGCAACCGGCACAGCGCCAACCCCAACCCCAAGCUGCACCAGCUGCAGUUCCGGCGCGCCGACGUCGCCGUGCGCUACCCCAGCCGCUCGCCCGUCGACGCCGCGCCGGCCGUACUCGGCGCUGCCGGCGCCGUCGACGUCGGCGUGGGUGGCGUCAGCGCGGAAGACACGCUGACCCGCGUGCUCAGCCUCAGGCUGCUGCAGGGCGCGCGCCCAGAGCUCAGGUUCGAGGACUCGACGCAGACCGGGCAGGCGCACACGUCCUCCGAGGACUCGUCCAUGUCGCCCAAGAACAACGGCGCGGCCUACGAGGGCGAGUCCGACGCCGACACCAAGGCUGGGGGCGAAGCGGACGAGAAGCCGGAGCCCAGCUGGCUGAAGCGCCUGCAGAGGCGGUGGCAGCAGGAGAGCGGCGAGGAGUCGCCCAAGCUGACCGCUCCCGAAGACGCGUCUGCGGCCGAAACGCCGGCCGCCGCGCCCGAGCCGCCGCAGAGGGGGACGCGCAAGCGGAAGAGCCAGCACCCCACGCGCUGCGCCGCCGUCGCCGGCGAGAGGCCCGCCAAACUCUUCGCCUCGGACUCGCUCUCCUCGGAGGACGACUGCCACCUGUAGUGAAACUCUGAAACUCUGUUCAGAAUAACUUCAGGGCUGGCACUUCCGCAGGAGCACGAAUAGGCGCGCAACGGAGAUACCGCAUCGCGCACGGAGCACGUUGCAGUCUCUUGUUUGAUAUAGACGGGUCGAACUCGCGAGCUGGCACCAAUGUGUCCUGACCCAGCGAGGUGGCGCAGUGGUUAGCACACUCGACUGGUAUUCGGGAGGACGACAGUUCAAACACGCGUCUGGCCAUCCCGAUUUAUGUUUUCCGUGAUUUCCCUAAAUUGCUUCAGGCCACUUCUGGGAUGGUACCUUUGAAAUGGCACAUAAAACUUCCUUUCAAUCUCUCCAUAAUCCGAUUGGACUGAUGACCUCGCUGUUGGUCCUCUCCCAGAAAUCACCCAACCAACCAACCACCAGUGUGUCCUGCAGUGUUGUCAUCUCAAUUUUACUUGCUACAGCGAAUUCUUAAAAUCCUAUGCAGUCAAUGUUACUGAGACCUACUGACUCCCAGGUUUAUCUAAGAAAUGAUGUACACUGAAGCAAUGAAUUUAAAUUUGUACCAGCGCCAGGACUGGAACUUGGGUGUUCGCUUAAUGUUUGAUACAUCACCUGUGCCUGAGUUACAGGCAGGAUGCACCCCAUUUGUCCUUCUGCUGAGCUGUUCCAAUAUCGGAGAGUCUCGGCAAUACUGGUGCGAGUUUAGAAGGAGAACAACAAUGAGUUGAGGAGUGAACUGGAAUUUGUAUCAGGGAAAGAGAUGCAUAGGGUAGUUCAUGCAGGUGUGAUAGUUGGAGUGCCAGUGAUGGAUAGCGCAUCUGCAUAGAAAGCGGAAGACCUGAGUUCAAAUCCAAGUCCAGGUACAAAUUUUAACUCGUUGCUACUGCCUACAUCAUUACUGUAAACUUUUAAAAUGUGACGGGAAGUAACGAAAACGUAUUUCCUCACCAUUUUACCUAAUUUUCGACAAGCGAAAAUUUUUGUUGUUGUUGAAGUUAGGUGGACACACCACUGUUGACACAGCUGUCCACAUUAGUCUAUUUGUGCACGCCUCUUCAUCUCUUCCUUGUAACCACUGCACCUACAUCCAUACAUUGAUGCCUCAGUACGUGUCCUAUCAGAUGACCCUCCUUUUAGUGGAGCUGCAUAUAUUUUCUGCCGAUUGUACUCAUAAGUCGCCAUUCGUUAUUCGCUUUAUCAGUAUUCAGCAUUUGUCAGUGACGCCACAUUAAAAAAGCCAUUCUCUUCUUGUCUCAAGUGUUAAUCAUGUACAUUUCACCUUCUUUCCUUUGCUACACUCCAGACAAACACUCAGAGAAAGCACUUUCUGACACUUAAAUUUAUACUCAUUUUAACAAGUUCCUCUUUUUUUUCAGAAUUCUUUUCUUACUGUAGCCAGUCUGCAUUUGAUGUUCUCUCUGUUUCAACCAUUGUCACUUAUUUUGCUGACAAGAUAGCAUGACUCGUAUAGUCUCAUUUCCUACUUAAAUUCUCACAGUUCCACCUUAUUUCGUUCGUCUAUAUUCUGUUACAUUUGUUUCAGUAUUUUAUAUCCAUUUUAUAAUACCUAUUCGUGACACAUUCCAUUCCGUUCAAUUAAUCUUCGAAGACCUUAGCGCCUCUGCCAAAAUUAGAAUGUCACUGUCAAACAUCAAAGUAUUAAUUUAUUCUCCAAGACUCAAAUUGCCUUUACAAAUUUCUUCUUGCUUUACCUCACAGCUCUGAUGAUGUACAGAUGGAAUAACAUCGGAAAUAGCUUACAAUCUUCUCCCACUCCCUUCUCAAGUAUUACUUCCUUUUCAUGUUCUUCGAAUCACAACUAAAGCCCAGUUUCUGUACAUGUUUUUGUUAACCUUUUACUGUCUGUGUUUUACGUGUGCUAACUGUACCGAAUAUUCGACAAGCAAGACAAGUUUUUUUUGUUAUUGAUGAUAAGUGAACAAAUUACGCUAACGAAAUCCUAAGGGUAGAUCGUAUUUUCAUGUGCUCCAAAUCCAGCAGCGUCGAUUGCUAACAAGAAGUAAUUGGAAUUAAAUGUUAAGCAUGAAUUCUGCACUCGCUCAUCAAGUGUUACCUGAUCACUUGUUUGGGUUUCAUUUUGGGAUACUGAUCAAUACGUGUGUAAGUAACAUCUUAUUAGCACAAGAGAAACAACAGUAAUAACUCCUCCCACAUUAAUAAUUCCAUAGAAGAACAAACUGCCUGAACAUCCGCAUGGGAAUUAUUUUAUUUGGGGGGAGUGAGGUUGUGGAUGAACGUUUCUCAACCAGGAUUUGUUGCCGCGGCUACAGGACUCGUGGGAUUGGCCUUGUCUCCACUAUUUCCUUCGUAGGUGUCACUCCUAAAGGAAUUCUGAACAGAGUAUUGACUCCUGCGGAGCUCCAAAACCGUGUACCACACAAACUGCUGCAAUCGAGUGGCAGUACGAACCAAGAACAACUGUCAGGUCUUGGCCUGCACUUAAUUCUCAUUGUAUGUGUAAUGUGCCGCAUCUCUUGCCUACUGCUCUGUCGAGCACACUUAGUAUUAACGUAAAGUUCCUGUAUUUCAAUCUCGCUCAGCAGAUAAAACCAUAUUUUUCUAUUUGGCAGUCUUCUAAAAUUGCAUUUCAGCGUAUGAAUUUGUACAAAUGUAACUGUAAAUUUUGUGGUUCUUUAUAGUAUGAUGUAUCCUAAGUCUCAUGAAUUAAACUGGUUGCAAAAAUUUAUAUGCAACGUCAUAUUUUAGCGAUUGUGCAGUGGCUGUAGCCAUUUGUAGAAACAUUUCUCUUUUUACUAUAUUAGACCAUGACGAGACUGACAUUUAGAGGAUGAUGUACAAAUACCGGCCUACAUUAAUGUCAAUUUAAAAUGGCCUCAAGUAGGACUAUAAGGAACCAAUUGUUCAGUCCAGUAGUAUGUCCAUGGUGUGAUGACCGUGAUUUGUAUAUGUGUACCACAAAUAUAAAAUUGUAAUUUUUGUAUCGAUAUUAAAACUUAGAAUGGACAAGUAA